GGGAGCAAAUGGGCAGCCAGACUAGAAAAGGGGCCAAAUCCGUUGACCCUGCUCAACGGGAGCUCACCCGGCGCCAGAAACUAUGGAUAUUUUUAGAAGACAGCAAUUCAUCCAAAGGGGCCAAGGCGUACUGCAUCUUAACCAGCCUCCUGAUAUUACUCAACAUCUGUACGUACAUGUUUGGGACAUUGGCGGUUCUGAGGGAGAAGGCGCCAUUUUACAACGUAUUGAACGCCACGAACAGUACGGCCUUAGCGUCGGGCUCGACGGACGCCGCGUAUUACCUCUCUCGCGAGAGCAAGCGGAACGCCAAACUUUACCUUCUCCUCACAACCCAACCUCACUUUAUCCUCUUCUACUUCGACAUCUUCUGCUUCGUGUUCUUCUCGCUGGAGUACUUCACUAUGCUAAUCUGUAGUCCGGACAAGCUCAAAUUCGCUCGGUCUUUUCUCGCUGUAUGUGACGUUCUGUAUCUCGUGCCUCUGGGGUUGAUGCUGAUCCUGUAUUACCUCGAUCGCAGUUUCCAAGGCAACAACCCGGACACAAUCAUCGGCAUCAUUAUAUUGCAAGGUCUUCUGGCUUUCCGGGUUCUCCGGAUUGUCCGGGUGGUCCGCCAUUACCGUGGUUUCGUCGUACUAGUUUUGUCUCUUCGCGCAAGCGCACGAGAGCUUUUACUUCUGGGAGUCUUGAUGGUUUUAGCCCUGCUCUUCUUCGCCAACGCAAUAUUCUUCGCAGAACUUCUUCAACACGACACCUUUGAAACGGUAUUUGCUGGAUUUUGGUGGAGUCUAGUUACCAUAACAACCAUUGGUUACGGGGAUAUGUAUCCGAAGUCCAUAUCCGGGUACUUGGUGGCGAGCUUAUGUGCAAUGGCUGGUAUGAUCCUUGUCAGCAUUCCAAUCCCGGUGAUUGCAAACAACUUCAACACAUACUACGCCUUUAAGAACAAGAAAACUCUAGGCGGAAGAAUGUACUGGCAUGGUCAGCCCAAGAACAAGAAUGAGAAAGAUGAAGAUCGGAAAUUUAGCGCAUAUAUGCCUGUGACAGUGAUUUGAAGGUCAAAUCUGUGUACGACAAUAGGAGCUCACUUCGUAUCACUUCCUUGGUGCGACCUUUUCUUCGUUUUUUUGUCCCCUCCCUACGUCCAGUUUUCUUACGACCAAUAACUUAUGUAUUCACUUCCUUCAUAAAUCAUAGCAACAUCAACGGUCAGUGUUGCCAUUACCGGAUGGCGUAAAUGCAAUUGAACACACACACACAUAAAACUCUGAAAAAAAAACAGGGUUCUGUAUUAGUGAACUAAGUUUUUAUGUUACUCUUUAGUUAAAUGUGAUGACAGGGGCCUCCGUGGCUCAGUUGGUUAGCGCGCUAGCGCAGCGUAAUGACCCAGAAGCCCCUCACCAAUGUGGUCGCUGUGAGUUCAAGUCCAGAUCAUUUUGGCUUCCUCUCCGGCCGUAAGUGAGAAGGUCUUGCAGCAACCUGCGGAUGGUCGUUGCACCAUAAUGGCCGCCGUCGUAGUGAAUAUAAGUGAAAAUAAGUGAAAUAUUCUUGAGUACGGCGUAAAACACCAAUCAAAUAAAUAAAUAAAUGUGAUGACACAGAGUGUGGGUAAUUCUCCACCAGUGACAUCUAAUACACUGUAAUUAUUAUCACGGCUUUGCUGGGGACGUCUAAGUUGCUACUAGUUAAGCAUUUACAUGGUCAGCGAGAAUAAAACCUUAAAUUCUGGUAAAUUGUAUAGAGGUCGUGUUUCGCCGGUUACGUGCGAGCAUUUAUCAAAGGUUACUUUGUCGU